AUGGACUCUGCUCCUUCCGAGUCAUUCUCAGCCCAGAAAUAUCAAAAUGACCAGAAAAUCCAUUGUUUGAUUGCCGCUUCAGGCUCAGUAGCCUCUAUCAAGUUAUCGCAGAUUACUGAGGCCCUCUGUCAACACCCAUCUGUUUCGGUGCGCAUAAUAGUCACUCAAGCUGCCGAAAGAUUCUUAUCAGGUCAAAGUAACGAACAACCUAUUCUGGAUAGCCUUCAAAAGAUCAAGGGCGUGGAAGCAAUUUAUCGGGAUGAGGACGAAUGGACCAAACCAUGGAUUCGUGGGGAUAAUAUAUUGCAUAUCGAGUUACGCAAGUGGGCACAUGUGUUACUCAUCGCACCGCUAUCAGCAAAUACAAUGGCAAAGAUGACUGUAGGAAUCGCAGACAACCUCCUGCUGUCAGUCAUACGCGCCUGGGAUACAACUGGCCUAGUCGAUGGGAAUUUCAAAGCAGAGAAGCCGCGGAUUUUCGUAGCACCUGCUAUGAAUAGCGCGAUGUGGAAUCAACCCAUCACUAGUCAACAAAUAGGCAUUCUACGAGACCAAUGGGGAUGGAGUUCUGCCAAUCCUGAAGGAUGGGUGACUGUUCUUCCUCCAAUAGAUAAAGCCUUGGCGUGUGGUGACGUUGGAAAUGGUGGAAUGAUGGACUGGAGAGACAUUGUCCGUCAUUUGGAAGAGCACCUGGGCCUUUCGGCCAUCAAAUCUUGA